AUGUCUCGUGCGGCAAAGGCCACGCUCGGCGCGUCCGUCGUGCUCUCGGGCCUGACGGUGUGGGGCGUGCACUUCAUGCAGGUGCAGGAGCGCAAGACGAUGCACCGCGGCGUCGAGCGCGACGAGCUGCGCCAGGCCGAGAAGCGCCGCCAGCGCGCCCUCGACCUCGAGCUCAACAAGGAGCGCGAGCAGCGCUUCCAGCAGAUGCAGCCCACGGCGCAG